CUGCUUUCACUAGAAUUUCGCUCAGGCCUUGUUUGUAGUGUGUUAUUGCAGGAGUCCUUUUUCCCAUCAGGUCAGUCACCCUGUAGCUCAAACACACAGUGCUGAUAACUGCUCUGGCUUGGGAAUAAAGAUAGAACUGGCUUCCACAGGGAAAUGAUGUACUGAGCUGCAACAACAAAUCUUGCACAGAAUCUGUCAGCAGGGACCACCUGGAUUCCCGCCUCCGGGACCUUCAGCAGCAGGUUUACAUGGCCCAGAAGCUUCUCAGAGAUGGUAAACUAGAGAAAGCCGUUCAACAGUUAUUGGGAUGCCGGGAGGCCGCCGAGAGCUUCCUAUCAGCAGAACACACUGUGGUGGGGGAAAUUGAAGACAGCCUGGCCCAGGCCUAUGCUGCCUUAGGAGACUGGCAAACGUCUGCUACCCAUGUACGGAAGAGUGUUCGUGUAGUUGAAGCUCGCCAUGGACCUUCCAGUGUUGAAAUCGGCCAUGAGCUCUUCAAACUGGCCCAGGUCCUGUUCAAUGGGUAGGUCUUUCCUCUUCCUAGCACUUG